CCCCUCGCAUACGCACACAUGUCAUGACCGCGGAUACCACCAGCUAUUGCGAGUAUCUGGGAGAGCACUCGAUCUAGCAAGUCGCAGUCUUUUCAAUUCUACUCCUCGAACCCUGUGGCCUGCUGGCGGGGUAGGCAUUGCAACUUUUUUUUGGCACCGACUCAUCGAGCUCACAGCUCUCAAACACCAUGGCUCCCGCUGCUACCGAUUUCGAAGAGGUCGACCCAGUCAUCGCCGAGUACGACGUCUUCCUCACCCCCGACCUAGAAGAAGAGACCUACCUUCUACAAUACCUGAACCGCGCAAAAGAACAGCCCUACAACGAGCGUCAUGACAUGUGCCCCCUCGAGCUGCGCAUGAAGCAAGAAUCCGGCUUCAUCGAAGUGGAUGUCCCGGUCAACGUCCACAUGAACUUCAACAGACUGAACGGGGUCAAAUGGGGCGAGUCUCUCCGAAAAGCGAAAGAGGAUGGCCAGACUGCUUUCGGUGUCACUGCUGGAUUCGAGCGUCCGCAGGUUAGGACCGGCCUUGCCAGGGGUGGUCUUGCGAGGGGUGGUGCGAGGGGCGGUGGUACUGCGAGGGGACGAACUGCCACUGCAGAACCUGCGAAAGAGAAAAAAGAUGAUGAUGAGGACGAGGAGCUUAAGGAGCUGCUCUACAGAUUCGACGAUGCAAACGAAAAGGGACAUGUCCUGAACAAGCAGACGCUGGGAGGGCAGAUUCUCAAGCAGGAAGAAGGCGAGCCAAAGUACAUGGUCGGAGCGUUCCGAGGAAAGGAGCUCCAUCUCACAAAGCUUAGCGGCAUUGUUCAAAUGCGACCGCAGUUCCAUCAUCUGGACGCCUUGAUGCAGCAAGAGCAGGCCGCACGUCGCGCCGAAAGUGACGCCGCCAAUCCCAAUAAGCAGAGCGGUCCUAGAGCUGUUCAGAUACAGUUGAAGAAUUCGGAUUUGGAAAACAAGGAUAUGGCCUCUACCAAGCAGCUCCUAAAGGCUGCUGCUGAAGAGAAAUGGAUGAAGCUCCGGUAUCACGACGAAGAUUCUGCAGAAGCGUAUUCAGCAUACCGCGAGAAGCUCUUCGUACAAGACAUCAAAGCGGCGCCAAAACUUCACUCUGUCAUGAACAACGAAGAGUACCUCGAGAUCAUCAGCGCACCUAGAGUCGACCAUACCGACAAGAACAGCAAAAAGAAGCCUCUCACUCGGAAGCAAAUGAACGCUCUCGAGCUUUCUGAUACAGAAGACGAAGAAGAGGGUCAAGAUGAGGAAAUGGCCGAGGAGACGCAGGCCCCCAACGAUGCUCCUGUCGAUUCUAUGGACAUUGACGCCACAGAUGUCGACACCACGGAGGUCAGCAACGAGAUCAACGACUUGCUCACUGCUUCGCAGUCAUAGUGUGCUUCCAAGCUGACAUGAGGACCCAGUUUUGUUUCUAUUGCUUAGUCUCACUUGCAUAUGCAUCUGCACAGCGGCGGCGUUGGAUCUUUUCAAAAGCUGGCGGAAUCGGUUCAUACGUCAACGAUACCCAACUUCAUAGCUUUAUCAGCACUUUGAAAACGAAAAAGUCUCAUAUCAAAAAUCG